AUGUUUGGCAAGGGAAAGAAUAGAGGCGGAUCGUCCACUGCAAGAUAUUCGACCAGCAAUAAGUACAACUCACUCUCAAACAAUUAUGCGCUUAGCGCGCAACAACUAUUAAAAGCCAGUAAAAUCGAUGACAUCGAUUCAAUGAUGGGGUUUGAAAGAUACGUACCGCCGCAAUACAAUGGUAAGUUUGACGAGAAGGAUAUAGAUGUAAUUCCAGGCCGUGUUGGGUGGCUGACGAACAUGCACGCGACUUUGGUUUCUCAGGAAACGUUAUCCGGUGGCGGUAAUGGCGGCGGCAAUACAACUAAUGGGGAACGUAUAGCGACUAAUCAAGGAGUUUCUGGAGUUGACUUCUACUUUCUAGAUGAAGAAGGUGGAAGUUUCAAGUCGACAGUUGUGUAUGAUCCAUACUUCUUUAUUGCGUGUAACGAUGAAUCAAGAGUCAAUGAUGUGGAGGAACUAGUGAAAAAAUACUUAGAAUCUUGUCUCAAAAGCCUACAGAUUAUCAGGAAAGAAGACCUUACCAUGGACAACCACCUUUUAGGAUUGCAGAAGACGCUCCUUAAAUUAUCAUUUGUAAAUUCCAAUCAGUUAUUCGAGGCCAGGAAGCUAUUGAGGCCCAUCUUACAAGAUAAUGCCAAUAAUAAGGUGCAAAGAAACAUAUAUAAUGCAGCUACAAGUGGCACAGAAAAAGUGGAUGCUAAACAUCUGAUCGAAGACAUUAGAGAGUAUGAUGUACCGUAUCAUGUCCGAGUGUCUAUAGACAAGGAUAUCAGAGUUGGUAAAUGGUAUAAGAUAACUCAACAGGGCUUUAUUGAAGAUACCAGGAAAAUUGCGUUUGCCGACCCGGUGGUCAUGGCGUUUGAUAUAGAAACCACAAAACCGCCCUUAAAGUUUCCGGAUUCGGCGGUAGAUCAGAUAAUGAUGAUUUCGUAUAUGAUAGACGGAGAGGGGUUUUUAAUAACAAAUAGAGAAAUAAUAUCCGAAGAUAUUGAAGACUUUGAAUAUACGCCAAGACCGGAAUAUCCUGGAUAUUUCACUAUAUUCAACGAAAACGAUGAAGUAGCGCUUUUGCAAAGGUUUUUUGAACAUAUAAGAGACGUACGACCUACUGUAAUAUCCACGUUUAAUGGUGAUUUUUUUGAUUGGCCUUUUAUACAUAACAGAAGCAAGAUUCACGGUUUGGAUAUGUACGAUGAAAUUGGGUUCGCGCCAGAUGCAGAAGGUGAGUACAAGUCAUCAUACUGCUCUCAUAUGGAUUGUUUCCGUUGGGUGAAGCGUGAUUCAUAUUUACCACAAGGCUCUCAAGGUUUGAAAGCUGUUACUCAAUCUAAGUUAGGUUAUAACCCAAUAGAGUUAGAUCCCGAACUAAUGACGCCGUAUGCAUUUGAAAAGCCACAACACCUCUCUGAAUAUUCUGUUUCUGAUGCCGUCGCUACGUACUAUCUUUACAUGAAAUAUGUCCAUCCAUUUAUCUUUUCCCUCUGUACAAUUAUUCCUUUGAAUCCGGAUGAAACCUUAAGAAAGGGUACUGGUACUUUAUGCGAAAUGUUAUUGAUGGUUCAAGCUUACCAACAUAAUAUCCUCCUACCAAAUAAGCAUACAGAUCCAAUUGAAAGAUUCUAUGACGGACAUCUGCUAGAAUCAGAGACUUACGUGGGUGGACAUGUAGAGUCAUUGGAAGCUGGUGUUUUCAGAAGCGAUUUGAAGAAUGAAUUCAAGAUAGAUCCUGCUGCCAUUGAUGAAUUAUUAUGUGAGUUACCACAAGCUUUAAAGUUUAGCGUUGAAGUAGAAAAUAAGUCCAGUAUGGACAAAGUAACGAAUUUUGAGGAAAUUAAAAGCCAAAUAACACAGAAGCUUUUAGAUUUAAAGGAAAAUAGUUUAAGAAACGAGCUACCUCUGAUUUACCAUGUGGAUGUCGCCUCUAUGUACCCAAAUAUUAUGACCACUAAUAGAUUACAACCAGACAGUAUUAAAACAGAGCGUGAUUGUGCUAGUUGUGAUUUCAACAGGCCUGGCAAAUCUUGUUCGAGGAAACUAAAAUGGGCUUGGAGAGGGGAGUUUUUUCCAGCUAAGAUGGAUGAGUAUAAUAUGAUCAAACGUGCUUUACAAAAUGAAACUUUCCCCAACAAAAACAAGUUCUCUAAAAAAAAAGUCUUGACAUUUGAUGAAUUAAGUUAUGCAGACCAAGUUCUUCACAUAAAGAAACGUCUUACCGAAUACUCAAGAAAGGUUUAUCAUAGGGUUAAAGUAUCGGAAGUCGUUGAGAGAGAAGCUAUUGUUUGCCAAAGAGAAAAUCCGUUCUAUGUUGAUACCGUGAAAUCCUUCCGUGAUAGACGUUACGAAUUCAAGGGCUUAGCCAAAACUUGGAAAGGAAAUUUAUCCAAGAUUGAUCCAUCAGACAAGCAUGCCAGAGAUGAAGCCAAAAAAAUGAUUGUGCUUUAUGAUUCUUUGCAGUUGGCGCAUAAAGUCAUUUUAAAUUCGUUUUAUGGGUACGUUAUGAGAAAAGGUUCACGUUGGUAUUCUAUGGAAAUGGCAGGUAUUACGUGUUUGACAGGUGCUACAAUAAUCCAAAUGGCCAGAGCCUUGGUAGAAAGGGUAGGAAGGCCGUUAGAGUUAGAUACAGAUGGUAUUUGGUGCAUUCUACCAAAGUCUUUCCCCGAAACUUACUUUUUUACAUUAGAAAAUGGUAAAAAGCUUUACCUGUCAUAUCCAUGUUCCAUGUUGAAUUAUAGGGUCCACCAAAAGUUUACUAAUCACCAAUAUCAAGAACUGAAAGACCCAUUAAACUAUAUAUACAAGACCCAUAGCGAAAAUACAAUUUUUUUUGAAGUUGAUGGUCCAUACAAAGCUAUGAUUUUGCCUAGUUCUAAGGAAGAAGGGAAAGGUAUUAAAAAAAGAUAUGCUGUUUUCAAUGAAGAUGGUUCGCUUGCCGAAUUAAAAGGUUUUGAACUAAAGAGACGUGGUGAAUUGCAACUAAUCAAGAAUUUCCAAAGUGAUAUUUUUAAAGUUUUUUUGGAGGGUGACACAUUGGAAGGUUGUUACGGUGCUGUGGCAAAUGUGUGUAACCGUUGGCUAGACGUUUUGGAUUCCCGUGGUCUUAUGUUAGAAGAUGAAGAUUUGGUCAGUUUAAUUUGCGAAAAUAGGAGUAUGUCGAAAACACUAAAGGAAUAUGAAGGACAAAAAUCCACCUCUAUUACAACAGCAAGGAGAUUAGGAGAUUUUUUGGGUGAAGAUAUGGUUAAAGAUAAAGGUCUACAAUGUAAAUAUAUUAUUAGUUCAAAACCUUUCAAUGCCCCUGUUACUGAACGAGCUAUUCCAGUCGCAAUAUUCUCAGCAGAAAUUCCUAUCAAGAGAUCUUUCCUCAGACGUUGGACAUUAGAUCCCUCUUUGGAGGAUUUAGAUAUCAGAACCAUUAUUGACUGGGGUUACUACAGAGAGAGACUCGGGUCUGCUAUUCAGAAGAUUAUCACUAUUCCAGCUGCAUUACAAGGAAUCCCCAAUCCUGUACCCAGAGUAGAACAUCCCGAUUGGCUGAAAAGAAAAAUCUCUAUAAAAGAGGAUAAAUUUAAGCAAACUUCGCUAAGCAAAUUCUUUUCCAAGACCAAAGAUAUACCAACAAUGGGAAAAAUAAAGGACAUCGAAGAUUUAUUUGAAUCGACUGUAGAAGAAGAGAGCGCUAAAAUCAAAAUGGCAAGAACUACCAAGAAAGUUGGAUCUAAGAGAAAAAGAUAUCAACUAGCAAAUGAAGAAGAUCCACUGGUAUUGCCAGCAAAAAUUCCCUCUAUGGAUGAGGACUAUGUGGGAUGGCUAAACUAUCAAAAAAUUAAAUGGAAAAUCCAGGCCAGAGAUAGAAAGCGUAGAAAUCAAUUAUUUGGCAAUACAAGCAGUUCUCGCGAAAGAAGUGCGCUUGGAAGUAUGAUCAGGAAACAAGCUGAAUCUUAUGCUAACUCCACCUGGGAAGUCUUACAGUACAAGGAAUCGAUUGAGCCAGGAGCUUUGGAUGUUUUUGUAACAAUUAAUGGCAAAGUCCAGAAUAUCACUUUCCAUAUACCAAAAACUAUCUAUAUGAAGUUCAAAACUCAAGCAAUACCGUUACAAAAGAUUAAGAACUGUCUUAUUGAAAAAUCCUCUGCAUUGUUGCCAAAUAAUCCUAAAAUAUCCAAUCCCACAAGUGGCCAGUUAUUCAAAAUUACUCUGCCUGAAUCAGUUUUUCUCGAAGAGAAGGAAAAUUGUACAAGCAUCUUCAAUGACGAGAAUGUACUUGGUGUAUUUGAGGGCACUAUUAAAUCACAUCAACGAGCAAUUAUGAAUUUGGGUGCAUCAGUAACGUUUCGUUCAAAGGCGAUGGGCGCGUUGGGUAAGGGGAUACAACAGGGUUUUGAAAUGAAAGAUCUUUCAAUGGCAGAAAAUGAGAGGUACUUAAAUGGAUUUUCGAUGGAUGUUAGUUAUUUACUACAUUUUCCAACGUCAAUCGGAUAUGAAUUUUUUUCAUUAUUCAAGUCGUGGGAGAAUACUAUCACUAUAUUAGUUUUGAAACCAUCUAAUCAAGCCCAGGAAAUAAGUAUUCCAUCGCUGGAACAAAUCUACAAACAAAUGUUUGAGAAAAAGAAGGGUAGAAUAGAAAAAUUUUCUUACUUGGUUGAUAUAAAAGAAAAUGUCAAUUUCGAGUUUGCUUACUUUACAGAUAUCUCAAAAUUGUACAGGAGAUUAUCACAGGAAAUUACUAAACUAAAAGAAGAAAAAGGUUUACAAUUUCUGCUUUUGUUGCAAUCACCGUUCAUUACCAAACUCUUGGGCACUAUUCGUCUUUUAAAUCAGAUACCAGUUGUUCAACUUUCAUUAAAUGAGAUUUCGCUUCCACAACUAAAUUGGCAAUCAACACUAUUAAUGAAAAUAGUUAAUCACGUUUUAUCGAGUGGUUCUUGGAUUUCUCAUUUGAUCAAGUUAUCUCAAUACAGUAAUAUUCCGAUUUGUAAUUUAAGGUUGGAUAAUAUGGAUUAUGUCAUCGACAUUCUUUAUGCAAGAAAACUAAAACAUGAAAACAUAGUUCUCUGGUGGAAUGAGAAAGCACCACUACCGGAUCAUGGCGGUGUUCAAAAUGACUUUGACUUGAAUACGUCAUGGAUCAUGAAUGAUUCGGAAUUUCCCGACAUUAAUAAUCCAGGUGCCUAUGAUAAUGUGGUAUUAGAUGUAAGUGUCGAUAAUUUAACAGUGAAUACAAUUUUGACGUCAGCAUUGAUCAAUGAUGCUGAAGGCAGUGAUCUGGUUAACACUAGUAUAAAUAUUGAUGAUAACAAUGUUAGUAACUCUUCAUCCGACUUCGUACAGGACGCCUUUUCUAAUGAUGCUUUAAAUGUUUUGAGAGGCAUACUAAAAGAGUGGUGGGAUGAAGCUUUAAAGGGCAACGCAACCGCAGAUUUGUUGGUGAACUCACUAGCAAGCUGGGUUCAAAAUCCUAAUGCAAAAUUAUUUGACGGGUUAUUGAAAUAUCAUGUCCAUAACUUAACUAAGAAAGCAUUACUUCAGCUGGUGAAUGAAUUCAGUACACUUGGCUCAACCAUUGUUUAUGCAGAAAGAAAUCAAAUUCUAAUCAAGACAAAUAAGUACUCACCCGAAAAUUGUUACGCCUAUAGUCAAUAUAUGAUGAAGGCAGUUAGAACAAAUCCAAUGUUCAGUUAUUUGGACUUGAACAUUAAGCGUUAUUGGGACUUGUUAAUAUGGAUGAACAAAUUCAAUUUCAGUGGGUUGGCAUGUGGUGAGAUAGAGGAUAAAGAAAAGCAGGAUUAUAACGCUUUUUCGCAAUGGCAACUAAAGAAAUUCCUGUCACCAAUAUAUCAACCAGAGUUUGAGGAUUGGAUGAUGAUCAUCUUAGACAGUAUGCUUAAGACGAAACAGAAUUACUUGAAGUCGAAUUCAGGAACGCAAAGACCGACUCAAUUAAUUAACAUCAAAAAGCAAGAUAAGGAAGAUAGCGUUGAGAACUCAUUGAAUGGGUUUUCGCAUCUUUUUUCCAAGCCGUUGAUGAAAAGAAUCAAAAAACUUUUCAGAAAUCAGCAAGAGUUCAUUUUGGACCCACAAUAUGAGGCAGACUAUGUUAUACCUGUUCUUCCUGGUUCCCAUUUGGACAUGAAGAAUCCUCUUUUAGAACUUAUCAAAUCACUCUGCCAUGUUAUGUUGCUUUCGCAGAGUACAACUUUAGAAAUAAGAGCCUUGAGAAAAGAAUUGCUGAAAAUAUUUGAAUUGCGCGAGUUUGCUAAAGUAGCGGAAUUCACAGAUCCAAGUUCUAGUCUAGUGGUACCAGAUUUUCUGUGCGAACACUGUUUUUUCAUAUCUGACAUUGACUUUUGUAAGGCAGCUCCUGAAUCUCUUUUUUCAUGCAUGAGAUGCCAUAAAGGCUUCAAUAAAGUGCUGCUGCAAGAACAUUUGAUCCAGAAACUACGUUCAGAUAUUGAAUCUUACUUGAUUCAAGACUUGAGAUGCUCCAGAUGCCAUAAAGUAAAGCGUGACUAUAUGAGUGCACACUGUCCCUGUGCUGGAGCAUGGGAAGGAACCAUUUCUAGGGAUAUCAUUGUUCAAAAAUUACAUGUAUACAAGCAAGUAGCCAAAUAUUACAGUUUUGAGAUAUUAUACAGCUCCAUUACUGAUCUGAGCAUCUGA